CCCAUUUUAUUUAAACACCAAUGCUUGCAAUGCAUAAACAUAAAGCAGUCCUAUAUUGUUAUUUACAUCGGCUACCAAACAAUAACAGAAAGUACUAUAGUUGUCGGCUCACUGGCUCUCCGCCCCAUAAACGUCACAGCUGGCAAUUCCGUGACAGGCACCGGGCUGUCCCCGGUACCGGAGUACCAACAAGUGUUGAUGUGAGUUCAAGGGUAACAGCGGGACACAUCAGCAGCAUCACAUCUUCAUCCAAUUGGUUCAAACUCUUAAAGGUCAUUUCUCUCUUUAUCAGUGACGCAGCAGCUGCUACCAUGACAACGAUUCCAGAUGUGCAGUUUAAAUGAUGAUGCAGGUGUGGAAUACUGAAACAUGUGAUCACACCUGGAUUGUGAUGUGUUGUUCACCUAUUUAGAUAAUUAUCUGGACUAUUUAUCAUUUCUGUCACAUCUCCCUGACCGCACGCACGCGCACGCACGCCUUUUUGCUAUCCUUGUCAGCCUUGGCAACAAGGAAACAAGCUUCUCCCAUUGGCCUCCUCUUCAGUGUUCAUCUGGCUUCUAUUCGUCCUCCUCGCUGCCACUCAGGAGGGAAACAUACCCGGAGACUGCUGUUGCUGCUGCGGAUAAGAGAGCAGCAGGGCUGGGUAGGGUCUGGUCUGGUCUGGUCCAGAGUGCGCAGUGGAUGCUGAGGGAGGGAGAAAAAAACAAAAAACAUUGUUAUGAGUAUCUUAUUGACAUGCAUUUUCCACACUUUUAUGGAUGCAUGCUUUAUCAUCAACUCAAGCCCCUGCGUGUUUUGUGAUAUUGCAGUCUGAUGAGGCCAAUAAGAGGCGUUUACUGUUUUGCAGCAUCUCUAGCGUAUAGACAAAUUGUUGCACCAAAUGCAACCUUUUCUCCUUUCAGGUUCGUCAGCCCUCAUCUUUCAGUGCAGAUUUCUAAUCGCCCUUAAUCAUUAGUAAUUCUGCAGGGAAGCACCAUGCUGACCAGUAUCACUGAAGGGAUACUGUGCUGCCUGACUGGGAAGGCUGCCAGUCUGGUCUUGCCCCUGGAGACAUCAGAACCCUCUGAUGGUUUUGAGUUUGUGGAGGUGAAACCUGGGAGAGUCCUGCGAGUGCGGCACAUCAUCCCGGAGCGUCAGCCCGUAGUAACGGAAGAGCAAGUUGCAGGCAAGGAGAAGACGGAUGGCGAUGAUGAGGACGGCUCUCCUGAGGAUUAUAACAACAGCAGCGCCGGCAGCAGCGUCCACUGCAAGAGGAAGAUCACAGUCUACCGCAACGGCCAGCUGGUGAUCGAGAACCUCGGCGAUGUUCUGCACUCUGAGAUCCUGCAGUGUCAGGACGGGGAUCUGGAGCCUUGCAGCACCGUAGAGGUAGAGCUGGCAGACUACAAAGAGAUGCCCUCUUCUCCAGACCCCAACCCUGCUCCUCCUCCGGUUCCUCCACCCCAUGGGGAACAGAAACCCGCUCCACCUCCUCGCCGCCGCCGUCGCAAGCCCAAGCGCACGGUGCAAAUCGACUCGAAGAGGGUGAUCUCAAGCUGCAAAGGGACGCACUCGGACGUGGCCCUGUUCUUUGUGCACGGUGUGGGAGGUUCUCUGGACAUUUGGGGCAGCCAACUGGACUUCUUCUCUCGGCUGGGCUACGAGGUCAUUGCGCCCGACCUGGCGGGGCAUGGAGCCAGCACUGCCCCGCAGAUUGCAGCUGCUUAUACCUUUUAUGCUCUUGCAGAGGACCUUCGUGCCAUCUUUAAGAGAUAUGCUCGUAAACGCAACAUCCUCAUUGGACACUCAUAUGGAGUAUCAUUUUGCACCUUCCUGGCCCACGAAUAUCCUGAUCUGGUCCAUAAGGUGGUGAUGAUCAAUGGAGGGGGUCCCACAGCUCUGGAGCCCAGCCUGUGCUCCAUCUUCCAGCUGCCAUCUUGUGUCCUGCACUGUCUGUCGCCCUGUCUGGCCUGGAGCUUUCUCAAAGCUGGAUUUGCCCGUCAGGGUGCCAAAGAAAAGCAGCUGUUGAAGCAGGGCAAUGCCUUCAACGUGUCUCCGUUUGUCCUGCGAGCCAUGAUGAGUGGCCAGUACUGGCCUGAGGGGGAUGAGGUCUACCAUGCCGAGCUCACUGUGCCCAUCCUCCUGGUUCACGGCAUGUGUGACAAGUUCGUGCCCAUGGAUGAGGACCAGCGCAUGGCGGAGAUCCUUCUGUUUGCGUUCCUGAAAGUCAUCGAAGAGGGAAGUCACAUGGUCAUGAUGGAGUGCCCCGACACCGUCAACACCCUCCUCCACGAGUUCUUUCUAUGGGAGCCGGACAUGUCCAGAAAAAACAGCAGCAAGACAGACACAGCACUCAGUGACUCUCUCCACACAGUGAAAAUCAAUAAGCCUGUGGACAAAUAACCAACGAGGAGACUAGUUUUAUAAGCAGAAGGCCUUUUGUGGCAUGUGUUCUUAAGGCUGCUCCUAGGCUGAGAGCUGUUAUAAACAGGGCCAAAUCUUAAGGAUGCGGACGGCCACUGGUGCUCCAAGAUAAAGCAGGACUUAGGCAUGGCGCCGACCAGAGAACGAUGGAACGAACAUAGAGAUGAGGGGAAUGGAUGCAAAUACGCACAGUCAGUUUCUGCUUUGCUUUUUGAUACCAGUUUGUGCUCCAUCGCGUCAUGUUUGCAAAACGACACCUGGAGUACUGUGCCCAUUCGUGAUUUGUCUGUGAAAUGUAUCCGGCGAAGAACUGACUACAACAACAUGCAACAAGCAUUAAAUCCAUGAAAUGGUGUGUGAAUUCCCUCACUUUAAAUAUUCUGUAAAGUACUGCAGAGCUUCUGUUAUACCUUUACAAAGUGGUUAUUAAUCUUGCACCUGCUUUUAGUAGGCAACUGGCAAAAUGAUAUGUAGCGAAUUGAGGAAUUACAUGUCUGAUUUGCCAGUAUGAUGGGGAAGGACAGCUUAUAAAAAAACUCAAGUGUUGAUAAUAACAGUUUAUUAUCAAAUACUGACCGGAUAGUAUUGGGACAUGGGUUAAAGAUAUUAAAUAUAUACCGAUGUACGUGCAAAAUGUAACUAAUAAGUGCACCAAAAGCAUACAUAAAUGAUUACAUCAUGCCAUAACCACAUCCAUACAAUGUGCAGUGUGCGCCAUCUCAAACAUGAAGACUCACAAUCACAGCUAUUGUCAAUAAAAUUGGCUCAUCUAUUUCCAAACUACAGCAAUAUAUUUUCCAUAUAUUGAACUCUAAUAUAAAAUCCAAAAAGUUAUAUGUGCGUCCAUGUUAAGUGCAAUGUAACCAACUCAUCAAUUCAUAGUUGCAUGAAAUUUAAGUAAUAUUCAGCAAGAGAUUUACAUGAGCUGGUUGCAAAGACAGAUGUAAACAAACAUGGAUGCUAAAGGGUUCUCCUCCUUUAUUGCAAUAGUAUAUAAUAUCCUAAGGAUACAAAGUACCGAGGCCCUGCAUGAGUUCAGAAUAUGAAAGAGGGUUGUGUCAGACAGUUGCAAUAUAUUCUCAUAUUGAAAAAUUCCCUGUGCACUUCUCUCUAAUCAAAUGAGUGUUCCUUUUAAUGUGUAAGUAUUAUUGUUGCCUUUAUUUUGAAAUAACAGCUACUGCCAUAUAGAAUAUUGUGGUUGUAUUGACCGCUUUAAGCUGCUGAGUGUGUUCUCUUACUACUCUCAAGUCUAUCAUAUUUAUAUAUUAUAUAGUGUCAGAUAGAAAGAAUGAGCUAAACAUUAUGCUCACUGAAAGACAUUCAUUCACGGGUGCUGCUUUGUCUCAUAGUGGGACAGUAAGGAGCGAGUAAAAAGCACAGUCUAAUAUGCUCCCUGACAGUGCAUAUCCGUUGACUGGAUACUCUUUUGAGAAGCAAACAGUGGAUUUUGGUGGAUUUGAGAGUGGGAGUCCAAAGCUUAAAAUCAAAUAUGAGUCAGCCAAAGGACAAAGUCCCCUAAAAAGUGGAACAUUUGUACUGACCAUGCUGGUCUGUUAUAUAUGCAUUUUGACAGGAUGCUGAUGCAACAUGACUGGUCUUAUGCAACUGAUACAAAAUAGAGAGAAACAGAGUGGACAUAAACUGACUAGACACUGACAUCUCAAAAACACUAUAUAUUCUCUAUGGACUUUCCAAAAACCAACAAGUGCUGCUGAUGCAAUGUACCAUAUGUCUCCUUUGGUCAGUAAAACUGUAUGGACAACAGGGUGCACAUGUACUUCCUCUUAUGCUAAAAGUGUGCAUAUACAAAUUGUCAGUGCUCAUGUGUGCUAUAUCUUUUUGUGGUUAACAAGAUGUGUUAAUGUUAUUGUUGCAUUUAUUCACGGGAAUCAUAAUAUAUGCACUGCCUAAAUGUAGAUGCAUAUAACAUUAUAGCCUAUCGAAACAGUUGAAUUCAGUGUAUGAAUGUGCCUUUCCUGGCAUGAAAUAAAACCGAUGUUCACAGUCUA